ACCAGAUAAUAUAUAUUAAAAUUCAUUCUAUUGAAUCAUUAUGUAAGUAAUUUAAUCAAGUCAUAGGCGGAACUAUAUUCCCACAUAACCUCAUACACAAAACCACAUGGACUUCACGGAUCACACCACGCAAAACCAAAUCGACCAUAUCUGCAUCAACAAAACGUUCAGGAGGACUACAGAGGACGUGAGAACCAAGAGAGGAGCUGAUAUAGCGUCAGAACAUCACUUGCUGACCACCAAGAUGAAAUCGAAACUCAAGAAGCACUGCACAACGUGGCAGACAAUAUCACAAAAGUUUAAUAUGGCUUUUCUCCGGGAUAUUGAUAAACUCAACAAAUUCAAGAUAGUCCUCAACAAUAAAGUCCAGGCCUUUCAUGAUCUACUCAAUGGAGAAGGAACUACUAUGGAGAGCAACUGGAAAGGGACAAAAGAACCAAUCACUUCAACAUGUCAUGAGGUUCUGGGCCACAAGAACCACUAUCACAAAGAAUGGACCACUGUUGAUACACUGCGUAAGAUUCAAGAAAGGAGGAACAAGAAAACAGCAAUCCAUACCAGUCGAACAAGAGCAGAAAAAACCAAGGCACAAGCUGAAUACACAGAAGUAAACAAACAAGUGAAAAGGAGCACUAGAACUGGCGAACGUAAAUAUGUGGAAGAUUUAGCAAUGACGGCGGAAAAGGCUGCAAGAGAAGGAAACAUGAAGCAACUGUAAGACACAACAAAGAAACUGUGUGGAAAUCACCGUAAACCAGAACGAUUAGUGAAAAGCAAAGAAGGCGAGGUAAUCACCAACAUUGAAGAGCAACAAAACAGGUGGGUAGAACACUUCAGAGAACUCUCAAAUCGACCAGCACCACUGAACCCACCC